CCGUGGCUGAAGAUACUUCGGUCGAGGCAUCCACGCCCCCAAGCCAUGUCGUUGGCCGUAGCUCCUCAAGUACAAGCGACGCGUCCUCGUCUACAGCCACGUGCAGCAGCAGCAGUGCCAGCAACACUUGCGAAAAGCCCACCAGCACAAGCAUAGCGGGCGAGAUCUCCAUCGGUAUUGCUGUCCCAAUGGCGAUCAUAUUUAUCUGUGUCCUCAUCUACUUUCAUCGGAGGAACCUGAAGCGUCAGGCCGCCGAAGACCGCGAUCCUCACCACAGGUCUCUCGACUUUGGAUUGGGAGAUACCAGCAGUGGCAAGUCAAAGCGGAAGAGCAUGCUGGGCCUGGGAGGAGAGAAGUCCAAGCACCCCCGUGGUCUGUCGAUCGACAUGAACCUGUCCAGCCCUUACCUACUGCCGGAGCACGUUCAGGGCUCCCGAGAGUCGAUGAACUCCCUCGCCAAAACCCUGCACCAAGCGGACGAUCCGUACCGGCCCAUCACCAAGUACAUGAGCGAGACCGGAUCUGUGGGAUCGUUGGAGAAGAACGGUCGUUACACACCAUCCGUCAUGACAGCCUCGACAAAGCGCGUGUCCCGCCAGUCCUACGCCAACCCCAUGUCCCCCGCCCUGCAGCAGCCUCUGAGACAGAACUCGUACCCCAAGUCUCCCCUCACGCCCAGCGCCGCCUCUUCAGUGACCGCCGUUGAAACGGACAUCUCGACGCCCACCGCCGCCAAGGAGCCCACCGUGCCCGAGGACGGGCCCAUGCCCCCACCACAGUGCGAUCUUCCACCUCUGCCCGUGGUUCCUGAGAUUCGACAGCCCGCUCCUGUUGCACAGAGAGGUGCUGCCCGUGAGCCGGUGAUGCAGGAGCAUGAGGAGGAGCUGGACCUGCCCGAUUUUUCUAAUAACUCCAAGAGGGAGUCUGCCGACGAACUGAAUCUUCGUACCAACCCGAAUACUGGCAGUGGCAUUGGGCUCGGCCUGUUGAACGGUCCUCAAUCGACGUCUCAGGCCCCGCCCGUCUCAGAGGUGACCGCCUCAGCAAACAACCAGGAGGUUAGCGCUGGCCCCGCUCACCAGAGCGUGACGGCGUUCAUCGAGCAUACUGAGGACUACGCCGAUUUCGACUACGCAGCGAUGGUCACGCCCCCCGAGGGGGAGGAGGAUGAGGGCCGUGGACGCGCUCGUGUUCGUGAGAGCGGCCUCAUGGUUCCCCAGCAGAGCAACAAGCGGCUCUCUGUCGGCCUUCGACCCCUGCCGCCAGAUGAGAUCAUGGAAUCUGAAGAUCCCGAGACGCGCGCAAACCGCAUCAGGUCAUUCUACAAGGAGUACUUUGACGAUUCCAAGCCGGCGCCACCGAUGCCAAACGAGGGCCACCACUCAGCCGCUGACUACGGUGUUGACAACUACGGGAGCGAUGCCGCCUACUUCGACCCUGACUCCAAUCAGUUCAUCAUGCCCUACGCCCAGCCCAUCGGCCGCCGCGCCAUGACGCCUCCUCCCUCCGGCUCCCGCUUCCCAGGUGGCCCACGAGGCCAUGGUCCCCGUGGACCGGGACCGAUGGGGCCUAGGGGACCUGGACCUCGCGGCCCCCCUCGUCACCACUCUGGUUCCAUGAGCGGCAUGCCACGUGCAGGUUCGUCCAUGUCUUACGGCCCACGCCCCGACUCCUCGGCGUCUGCACGCGGCCCUCGUUCCGGAUCUGCCAUGUCCGGCAGGCCGAAGAAGAACCUGCCGCCCCCCUCUCCGCUGAACACCCUGCCCACCCCCGCCAAGCUCACGGACGACCACUUCGCCCUCAUCAACGCCUCCGACUUUGCUCCUCCUGAGUCGUUCCAGGACCGUGCUGCCGGCCGCUCGCAGAGCCCUCUCGGCGAGCGCCGCGAGUACGCGCCCAAGCUGCCAGCUGCCUCGCCUCUGGUCAACACCUUUGACGAGAUGGCUGCCCUUCCCAGCCCUCAUCUCCUGCGCAGGUCUGGCACCUUCACAGGUCUCGACUUUGCCCCUCCCAAGAAGUUCAAGGACAAUGACACCAUGAGCGACGCGGGCAGCAUCCGCUCCAACCGCAGCGGCGUCUCGCGUGCCAACGAGUUCGCCAUCCGCAGCGGUGCAGGCCGCGUCAGCCGUCUGCCUGGCGACAUCAUCUUCUCCCAGGCACAGAUGGAACAGUCCCUCAAGCCCACCAUGAACAUGCACGGCAACUUCUACUGAAGGGCUGAUUGUGGUGUAUAAAACUUCUUGUCUGUUUCAACUUGGCGAUACUGGCGUUCUCACAAACACAACGGACGGACACCCUCGGGCCGGGUUGCUGAAGCCCAGCAUGGGAGCGGGAUGCGAUGCUGUUCUUGAUCUUCCUUUUUUUUGGUUUUCAAAAGACAUUCUGCCAAGGUUGCCUUGUCUGUCUGUCUACUGCGACAAUUGAUCUACUACCCAUUCUAGUAGCUAAUGUCUGCUUGCUGCCCACUUAUCCUCCUUGCCCGCCACCGCCCGGCCAGACGACCUUUCUCCUGAUUUCCCAGAUGGGGUGGUAUCUGCUGGAGCAAAUCAUGACCAAGAUGGUGGUGGCCGGAUCCUUCGACUGCUUGCUGCCCUCCGGUCUCCGGUUGGUAGGCAAAUGACAUUGACCUAGGGGGCGAACUAUAUAGAUCGGUGGUUGUGUAUUUACGGCGAAUUCUUCUAGGUUUCUAUAUAAUCUCUAACAAAUGGUAUAACGGCUUCC